AUGACAACUCUGGGUGGAGCUGUCCCCAGGAUGAUGCGACCAGCUCCCGGACAGAAUUAUCCUCGCAGCGGUUUUCCGUUAGAAGUGUCCACUCCUCUGGGCCAAGGCCGAGUCAAUCAGCUUGGAGGUGUUUUUAUCAAUGGCAGGCCCCUACCCAACCAUAUUCGCCACAAGAUCGUGGAGAUGGCCCAUCAUGGCAUCCGGCCAUGCGUCAUCUCCCGCCAGCUCCGAGUGUCUCAUGGCUGUGUCUCCAAGAUUCUCUGCAGGUACCAGGAGACAGGCUCCAUAAGGCCCGGGGCCAUUGGGGGCAGCAAACCCAAGGUGACGACGCCGGAUGUUGAGAAGAAGAUCGAGGAGUACAAGCGGGAGAACGCAGGCAUGUUUAGCUGGGAGAUCCGGGACAAAUUGCUGAAAGACGGCGUGUGCGACAGAAACACCGUGCCUUCAGUGAGCUCCAUCAGCCGCAUUUUGAGAAGCAAAUUUGGGAAAGGAGAAGAAGACGAAGGGGAGCUGGAGCGUAAGGAAGCGGAAGAGAACGAGAAAAAGGCCAAACAUAGCAUCGACGGCAUCCUCAGCGAAAGAGCUUCAGCACAACAAUCAGAUGAAGGUUCUGACAUUGAUUCUGAGCCAGAUUUGCCACUGAAGAGAAAGCAACGGCGAAGCAGAACCACUUUCACAGCAGAACAAUUAGAAGAGCUGGAGAGAGCUUUUGAGAGGACUCAUUAUCCUGACAUUUACACCAGAGAGGAACUUGCACAAAGAGCUAAACUCACAGAGGCUCGGGUUCAGGUUUGGUUUAGCAAUCGUCGAGCCAGAUGGAGGAAGCAAGCUGGGGCCAAUCAGUUGAUGGCUUUCAAUCACUUGAUUCCAGGAGGUUUCCCACCCUCUGCCAUGCCAACUCUGCCAACUUAUCAGUUAUCAGAAUCUUCCUAUCAACCUACUUCUAUUCCACAAGCUGUGUCAGACCCAAGCAGUACAGUUCACCGACCUCAACCUCUUCCACCAAGCACAGUACACCAAAGCAGCCUCCCUUCAAAUCCAGACAGCAGCUCUGCCUACUGCCUACCAAGCACAAGGCAUGGCUUUUCCAGCUAUACAGACAGCUUUGUGCCUCCAUCCGGGCCCUCAAAUCCUAUGAACCCUGCCAUUGGCAAUGGCCUUUCACCUCAGGUAAUGGGCCUCUUAACUAACCAUGGAGGAGUCCCUCACCAGCCCCAGAACUGACUACCUUGUCCCAUUAACGGGGGUUUAGAGCCAACCACCAGGUCCGCAAGUUGUAGUCAAGACUAGAUCAUAUGAAAAAGUUUAGAUAGCCUUCCGACAUCUCAGUCUACUGCCACCACAUACAGCACUACUGGUUACAGUAUGGAGCCUGUCCCAGGAUACCAGUAUGGGCAAUAUGGACAAAGUGCCUUUCAUUAUCUGAAGCCAGAUAUUGCAUAA